UUUGCUGAAAUGGGGUUUUAGUUUCGCUAGAAAUAGGCAAAAGGGUCUUGAAUUCUUGGUUUGUUAUUUCCCAAUUUUUAGUCUUUCCUGUUAAAGCGCAAAGCCCAGUAACACCUCUGUUUCUUCAGCUUAUGCUACUUUCCAUUUUCGUUUAAAUAUUCAAAUUUUGAUUUCAUAUGAAUUUGAACUGGGGUUUUAUUUAUGGGUAGCAUAAUUCAAAGGGGUGUUAGGAGUGUUGAUGAAAGUUGAUAUUUUUACCAAUUCUUGUGGCGAAUUGAGGAUUUAAGCUCGGUGUGUUCAACUUAUAGGUUCUUAGCAGUGAAUCCGUUAUAUUUUUAAAGUUAUGAUUCAUAUCUACUACUUAUUGCAGUUUUAGCGAAUUUUUACAUAUAAAUUUAUACUUUGCAUCCAAAAUAUUGGAUUCAAAUAAACCCGGUAACUCAAAGCUCCAUCCACCCCUAUUGCUACCUAAGUACCUACCCCUGCAUAUUUCUUGCUAUUGCGAAGCUUGUGGGGGUAAGAGUUUAUUGUUUUCAUCACAAUGGGAGGGAGUUCUUCUAAGAACCAAGGCGCCAAAAGUAAGUUAGUGAAUCCUUACUCCCAGAGUGGCACGAAAGGAUAUCUCUACAAGGGGCAACACCAGCAGCAACAACAUGAGUUGCAGAAGCAGAGUAAGAUGCUAGCUCCACCACAAUUACAGGAGAGCAAGGACAAAGAGAAUCAGGAGCCACGGUUCGGUGGCUAUUCGAGCAGUGAGGAAGAGUUUUAUGAUGGUAUCCCGAGGUUUCAUGGGAGCUCUUCACGAAAACCUAAACCAAGGAGGGUUGCAAAGGUUGCAGAAGUAAGUUUUCGUUUAGGUAGAGCUGGAAGUGCUGGACUCGUGAGGACCGUGGAAGCGUUGGACAUAAUUGGGAGCAGCAUGACUAAUUUGAAUUUAAGCAGUGGAUUUGUUUCUGGUGCGACAAGCAAAGGGAAUGAACUAUCUAUAUUGUCAUUUGAGGUUGCAAACACAAUCGUUAAAGGUUCUACUCUUAUGCAUUCACUUUCAAGAAGAAGCAUUCGACAAUUGAACGACGUGGUGCUAACUUCAGAAGGUGUGCAGCUGUUAGUAUCAACUGACAUGGAUGAACUUCUUAGUAUAGUUGCUGAUGAUAAGAGGAAAGAGCUACAGGUUUUUACUGGAGAAGUAGUUCGGUUUGGAAAUCAAUGUAAAAAUCCACAAUGGCACUACUUGGACCGCUUCUUUGAGAAAUAUAGGAGAGAACCUACCCCUCAGAAACAAUUGAGGGAAGAAGCUGAAUUGAUGAUGCAGCAAUUGAUAACCCUGGUUCAGUAUACAGCUGUUAGUAUUAUCGCGCUGCCAUAGAGUCAGAAUUAUAAAGUUCUAGUAUCAUUAGAGCUUUGUAAUUUUAAAAAUAUUUAUUUAAUAAAAAGUUAAAUUAAUUAAAAGCAAUCGACAAGAGACAAAUUUUACACUUUGUCGUUUGUGUUCAAAUACGUUAUCGUGUAAAUUGAAUUGUCUUUUAUGCUUUC